GUGAGUUUAAGUUGGAACACUUAUUCGCGCUGGAUUUUAUUUCAUUUCCAAUUUCCUUUACUUCUUUCACGUUCGUGAAAGUAAAUUCAGUUAAAUAAAAUCUACAUCUUUUAAAAGAGAAUGUGAAGCACAUCUUGGCAUUGAAGAGCUCUCGACAGAAGAAAAUUGAGUAAAUUGUGUAAAAUUUAUUGCUACAAAAAUGCCGGUAUGAACAAUUUGUCGCUGUUUGUCACAAAAUACCAUUAUUGCCAUAUCUCGUUACAGGUUGGUGGACGGCUCGCAGGAAAGGCAGGUUAUACGAAUAGUUAUGCUACCCAAGGACGCUCGUACAACGACAUAAAUGAGGAAAUUUACUAUCUGUCUAUUUUUAUGGCAACUCUUAUUGCCAUCCUCAUCACAUUGGCUUUGUGUUACAUCGCUUACGAAAAAUAUCAUAAGAAACGAGAAUAUUUCAUUAAUGUAUAGAUGAUUUUUAAUAAGAAUAGGAUGAAUAUUCCUAUGUCAUUUCAUGUUCAUUAAAUUAUUCCUGCAAUUGCUGUUAUACUAAAUGUGCAGGAUGCUUGACAGAAUUGAAAUAUUUAAGCUCAUUUGAGGAUUGGACUUGAACAAUUGUGGAUUAAAAAAAAUACCUUAUAGUAUGUCUAUUAGGUGUAUCCAAGGUCAUCUUUAAUAAUAAUAAUAAUAAUAAUCACUAAAGUGUUCACAAAAUAUAACUGAAUGGAAAACGACUUAAAAAAAGAAAAUGCAAGUUUCACAAAAUUUGCUAAUCAGAACAACUUAAUACUAUGAAAACUUAGCUCCGAUUUCAAAAAUCAUCCGUUAAUACUUUCUUACUAUAACAUCAGACCUGUUAUCUCGCUAAUUAAACCUUUCUUUUCAACUGUUUUUCCUUCCGCUUAUGCAUAAAAUCGUCAUAUCUUAAAAGGUUGAAAGGUCAGAGUAAGAAAAAUAAUUUUAACGCUGUCAACAGAAAGUUAAUAAAAAGUUUAUACAACUGUUUAAGUUCUUUCAUAUUCUAAUUGGACUUAAAUGUUUCGUCUUACAUUUUACCUUAGCUCCAAAAGCGUUUAAGAAAAUCAUUUUUUAUAAAUAAACCACAUCCAUGGACCACACUAAAAGCUAAGAAAAACUAUAUGUGAAUUCUAAAUGUUUACCCUUAGAGACGGUAGCUUUAUGGGAAAUAAUAAAAAAAAUAUUAGAUCAAAACAUUGUAGCGUAAUAGAAGUCCUUAAAAAAGAUAUAUGAAUGUUACUGUACACAAUUCUCAAUCACAAUAUAUUGAAAAAUAAAGUUUUUG